AAACUGUGGUUGUUACUUUUCAAUCAGUCAUUGCAGAUACUUCUAAGAAAGAAAUUCUCACAAUAGAUUCAGAAGUGAUACAUGAUAUAAAACCCAGACAAAAACAAAAGGAAGAAAUUACCAAUACUCCUCCCAACAUCUGCCCGGAGAUAAAUAGAAAUCUAGAGGCAGAAAGAUCGAAAAAAGAAAAUUCUUCUGAUAGCUUACUAGGGGUAUUCCAAAGGGAUCAAUCACAUCCUAUCGAUCAAGAAUAA